UCUGCAAACCAGCAAUGAGCAUCAGGCCAAGGCAACAAAACAGAGAGUCAGAGAUCCUUCCGCCAGAAUUCAAAUACGCUGAUGGUGCCACUGCCAUCCCGUCUCACCGACUCACCGGUAUGCCCGCCGCUCACGCCCCCGCCGCGUAUCGCGAUCCCCUCCCGCCUCACCACCACGCCGCCGACCUCGCCGCGGCCCGGCUCGAGUCCUGCGCCGACGGGCGCCUCCCGCCGCGGAUCCACGCGCGCCUCCUGCGCCGCGGCCUCCUCCUGCUGCCCUUCCACUGGAACGCCCUCACCCGCGCCUACCUCCACCUCGGCUCGCCCCGCUCCGCUCUCCGCGCCGCCGCGUGCAUGCUGGCCCACGGCGCCGCGCUCGACCACUACACGUUCCCGCUCGCCCUCAAGGCCGCGGCCCAGGCCGAGCCCCCCGGGUCCAGCCUGCGCCUGCAGCUUCACGCCGCCGCCGUCAAGCGCGGCCUCGCGCGCCACCCGUUCACCGAGAGCGCGCUCAUCAGCGGCUACGCGAAGGCUGGCGACCUGGGCGCCGCCCGCAGGGUGUUCGACGAAAACCCGAACCGGGAACUCGGCUCGUGGAACGCCAUCAUAAGCGGACUCUCGCAAGCCGGCGAGCCCAUGGAGGCACUGGCAUUGUUUCAUGAGCUGAGGAGGGGUGGCAUGGUACCGGAUGAUCUCACCAUGGUGAGUGUUGCGUCGGCGUGCUGUGUGCUUGGCGAUAUUGGCUUGGCGGAGCAGCUGCACAAGUGCAUCUUACAAUGCCAGCGCUCCGGCCGGCUUGAUGUGACGCUGUCCAAUGCGUUGGUUGACAUGUAUGCCAAGUGUGGUCGCACGGACCUUGCAAGAAGGGUGUUUGAUAGAAUGCCUGUCAGGGAUGUGUCCUCAUGGACAACCAUGAUUACAGGGCUUGCAACGCAUGGCGAGGAGCAGGGUGCGUUGGAUAUGUUUGAUAAUAUGCAGAGAGAACCAGUACCACCAAAUAGGGUGACAAUGUUGGCAGUGCUCUCUGCUUGUGCUCAUGGAGGGCUGGUGGAUAGAGGGCUGGGUUUGCUGAAGCAAAUGGAAGAUGGGGAAAUCAAGGUAGUGCCAACUGUUGAACACUACGGGUGUGUGGUUGAUAUGCUUGGUAGAGUUGGCCGUGUGGAUGAGGCACGUGCUUUGGUGGAGCAGAGGAUGCCCAUGGAGGGAAAUGUGGUGAUAUGGGGAACAUUGCUCGGUGCAUGCGAGAAGCACGGGAAUGUGAGUGUUGGGGAGUGGGCAGCAGAAAGGCUUGUAGAGGCUGAACCAUGGAACGACGGGGUUUAUGUGGUGUUGUCCAACAUUUAUGCUGCUGCUGGGAUGUGGGGUGAGGUCGAGAGGGUGAGGAAGAUUAUGUCGGAGAGGAAUGUCGUGAAGUCUCCUGGCUGCAGCCUGUAGUUCACAAAGUGAUCAGCAUUGAAGCAAUCUGCUAAAAUCCUUUGCAAGAUAGCGCUCGAAAGCUGUGCUGUUUUUGUCUCUGCAUAGUCAAUACUGUCAAAAAGCAAGUGCAGAAAGCAGUCACGGGUGCAUCACAUAUGCGGCUAGGAUGGGUCC